ACGACGAUGAAGGAGGAGGAAGAAGAGAGCGGAGGAAACACAAGCCGGUGUCUGGGAGGGUCACAACUACACGUUAAAGCGUCUUAUGAGAUAAAAUGCAGUGUUGAACCCUAACCCGCGCUAACCCUAACCCUCAUCCGUGACUUUAUCACUUUUACACUCGCGCUGGUUUCGGUUCGCGUUCGCUGGAGUUUCAUCGGAUCAUCAUGAGGCGGAUGGUCGUUUCGGUGCUGCUUCUGAGUCUCCUGAUCUCAGGGAUUCUGUCGAUCCAGGUCACUCUCUCUGAGACAGAGAAACGCACGACUCUCUUUGCUUCGGUCAUCUUGCGCUGUGAUUUUUCCACCUCCUCGCAGCUUCAGAAUGUGAUGGUCACAUGGAAGUUCAAGUCCUUCUGCAAAGAUCCAGUUCUGGACUACUACUCCACAGCGUAUCAGUCCGCCCUUCAGUUGGGUCAGGAUCCUGCCAAUGACUGCGUGGACUCGCAGCGCACCGUCCGAACCGUGGCUCAGAAACUAGGAUCCAACGAGGCGGUGUUGGGCGCCGAGUACAGAGACCGCAAAGUCUACAUUCAGAACAAGGCAGAUCUGGUCAUCAAUGAGGUGAUGUGGUGGGAUAACGGGAUGUAUUUCUGUGCCGUGGAAGCACCUGGAGACACAGUCGGAGAUUCAGACAAAGAGAUGAAGCUGAUCGUGUACCACUGGCUGACGGUGCUGUUGAUCGUGUUGGGAGCGCUGAUGCUCAUCAUCCUGCUGUGCGUGUGCUGCUGUCAGUGCUGUCCGCAGAAGUGCUGCUGUUACGUGCGCUGCCCCUGCUGCCCGCAGACCUGCUGCUGCCCCGAGAAGGCGGUCAUGCAGCACCGGCUGAUGAAGGAGGCGCAGAAGGCCAUGACGCCGUGGAUGAAUGGACAGCCGCUCUACGCACCCAUGAGCAACCACAGCUCCUCUUACCAGAUGAACCCCAUGCUGUACGCAGGUUCAGCAUCAGGGAAGGGUCACAUGACGCCGGUUCAACUGCCGCCUCCACACAUGUCCGUUAACAUGCCGCCUCCCAGCAUCCACGGCAAUGGCAGCGUUCACGGGACCAACCAGGUGUUGGACUAUCUGGAGGGUCAGGUGCGCGGCAUGGAUGUGAACGGCCCGCUCUUACAGCCGCAGCACAUGUCGUCCCCUCCGCUGCACAUGCCGCCCCCUCCGCAGCACAUGCCGCAGCACGUCCCCUUCUCCGCCGGCCCUCCCAGCAUGCUCUCCGGCCUGGAUGAUGGCCCCGCCUCACGCAGGUUCCCGUCCGGGUCACGAGGGGCAGGACGCUCCAGCGGCUCGUCUGCCUACAGCGCCUCACACCGCUACCCUCGGCCGGUCAUUCCGCGCAGCUACAGCCAGGAGGACGUCCUGGACAGCCGGAGCCAGUCCGGAGGAUUCCGUCCCCGCUCGCGAUCCAGGGACGAUUUGCUGGCCUUCGAUCACCGAGGCCCGUCCAGGCGGGAUGAUUAUUCUCCUCCGCCCCGCCGCGGCUCGUGGAGCUCGGCCAACGAGGAGAACAGCAGACGCGGAGGUGCUCGAGGAGCUCGGGGAGGCGGAUGGUCCGAUCAUCCGCCCACUUACAGCGAGUACGAGCCCGGGAAGAAGCCAGUCAAGCGGCCGGAGCGCUUCUCUGAUAAGAGUUCUCGCAGCGGCACCAGCAUCGUCAUCUGAAGACCAGCAUCUGGAAGCUUCUGUGUUCACGAACACACAAUUGGUUUUACGGAACAUAUUUGAAGGAUGUGAUUCUUUGAACAAAUCAUGGAUUUCUUUUUAUAUUUUUGUGCAGAUCAGUUUAUACACUUGAAUGUGAAUAUGAAUGAAAAUCCUCUUCUAGUACAUUAUGACAUUAGCUGUGGCGUUUCUUGGGUUUGAGGAUUUAUCUGUGUAAAUAUCAAGUCUUUUGUGUCAAUAUAUUUAUUCAUAUAUUGAUGUUUUUUUAGCAACCAUAGCAUAUAAUGCAAUAUAACGAAGAAUUGGGUAUGAGAUUCUGAAAUGCUAAUUAUCAUGUCCAUAAUAAGUUAUUGAUUGUGAUUUGUGAUUGUUGCUUUUGAGCUUCAGUCUCUGGCUGCAUAAACACAAGGAAUAACUUAUACAGAAGUGUGUAUUUAUGUUUUAUUGAUCGUGCUCAGGUCCAGCUGUUCUUUAGCCUUUCUGUAAAUAACGUCUUUAUGGAACUUGUUACUGCAAAACCAGAAUAUUUUUUCCGUCUUGCCUUUAUAGCAUCUUUAUCUGAAUAAGUGAACAGCUUCUGUAAUGAUGAAAGACUUGUACGUGUUCUAUUUUUCGUAUAUGAAGGACUGUCUGUUAAUAUUUUGUCUUUAUAUCAUGCAUCUUAUGUAGACAGAAUUCUAACUUUUUCCACUUGCAUAAAUAAAUCUGCGAAAGCAGCAUAUGCUGA